AUGUCUGACACCAACGAAGACGCCAGAGCGGAGGAGAGGAAAUAUUCCAAGGCAUGUAAUUCAUGCAAAGAAAAAAAACGCCGAUGUGACCGUGCUACGCCGAAGUGUGGUUACUGUGAACGCCAUGGCCUACCUUGCGAGUUUCGAACGUUGAAGAAACCUGGACUUCGUACGGGAUAUGGUUCGGCUAUGUUGGAUAAGCUCGAUUCAAUGGAAAAUAACAUCCAGGAUAAUCAUGAUUCCUCGAUUGCUGAGCUUCAUGGCAUUUACGACUUCUUAAAGCAGAUUGACUCAAAGGUGCUGGGGAUGAUGACUCGUGGUGAAGACUCUCAUCGGCAAUUGCUCAGCAUAGAAAAUCUUACCAAUGGGUCCACAGAUGACCCCGCCAUGAUUCAUGGUUCGAGCAAUGGCUCAUAUACUGAUCACACGGUAUUCAAUGGGAAUGGGUCUAUGCAUCAUAAGGAAAAGCCUCGAUGGCCACUUCCGCAAGCUAAUAUCAUUCGCCAGUUAGUAGAUAUUUACUUCGAAAUGAUCUAUCCUGGAUUCCGUGUUCUUCAUCCGACUUCUCGCAAGGAGAUUUUCGAGGCUGUGGAUCGUAUUCACGAGCUAUCGGAUCCAACAGACGUGCCUCCGCAAAUACUAGGUGUGAUUUUGUGUUCUCUACGAUUUGCGGACGACCUUUUGUUACAUGACGAAGUUGAUAAGUUGCUGGCCUUCUGUCGAACUACCAUCCUCUCUCAAUGCAUUGGCUUCGCUCUGAUAGAGCAAUUGCAAGCUAUGGCUCUCUUGGCAUACGAUUCGUAUGGCAGAUCGAACAAUCCAGUCACCUGGAGUUAUAUUUCACUCAUUUCUAACGCAGUUAUUCAUUUGAAUCUCGCCAAGGAGCCUGUUGAAAGGGUAGAAUUUAGAGGUCAGCCCAAUGCCAUGCGGACAAAAAAGGCUAAGAUCAUCAGUCCGCAAAGUGUGGCCAACUUGAAGGCUCCGUCCACAUCUUUUGAUGAGGAGUGUCGUCGAAACUUGUUUUGGGAGAUUUUCCUUUUGGAUUGCCUCUCAAGUGUCUCAAACUCAUUGCCAUGCAAAAUCAUCGAAAAUGAUAUCAACCGCUUGGUACCUGUAAGACUGGACGUUUGGGGUACACCUGGAAGUGCAUUUUCGAAAUCUGUAAGCACAUUUUCAGAGGAUCAAACUCUCGAUUCGUCGUCUUAUUUGGUUGAAGUUGUUCGUAAACUUCGGAAGAUUCAUACCUUCUUACGAGAACCCUUCGAUAUCAACAACUUUAAGGAGGUUCUUGCAUGGCAAAUGCAGUUGUCGGAAAUUGACAGCGAACUAAUAAAAUGGAAAGAGUCCAUUCCCUACGAGUACCAGCAAUUUCUAGAUGACCAGUCAACCGCCUUCACACAGAAGUUAACUGUCAAAGAUGUGUUAUUCUUUUCGAUUUAUCAUAUGACUGUCAUUAGGUUAAAUUCCUCAGUGGCCUACCAAAAUUUUGAUUCCAAUUUCUUCAUACUUUCCAGCACCGCAAAGGAAAAAUGUAUACAAUCAGCAAAUUUCCUUGCCAGCUUUUCCUCAAAAUUGCCUCUCUACUUAGAUCACUUAAACGGUGACAUUUAUCUGUUGUGUGGACCAUUCUUUGCUUUUGCUCUUUGGGUCGCCGCUCGUCUUCUAUUUGUUGACGCGCUUCGCUCAGGCGAGGAUUUCAAACCAGAAUUUGAUCAGUUGGUCUCGGCUUUGUCUAUUACAGGAACUCUGUGGGAAAGUGCUACUAGAUACAGCGACAUUUUGAGUUUUCUCAAGAGUGAAGAGAUUGAAAAUAGAGCCAAAGGUCUUAGUUUGUUAGCAGGAUCUAACAGCUUGCAUGAUGUUGACGAAAGCGAAACCAAUGACAGUGAAGAUACCAACAAACGUACACAUCACUCCAAGAGUGCACGCAUGUUCGCAGACAUGAGAUUCAACGCAUACAGUUUGGAUGUGUCGUUGUCGAAGAAGAUUGACCAGUACAAGAAAAAUGGUGAAGAGUUGUCUCCAAACAACAAAACGGAUUUCACAAACUUGCUUGAGUGGUUUAAGAUCCCAAUAAGCAUGGAGAACUCGCCGUUUCUUCACAAAAUGGAUGUUUAA